GACAUGACUGCCGUUUAAGAUGUCCACCAUGGCAAACAGGAAAUGCCAAAGCACCACGGCGACCAUGCUGGAUCACCGGACAAGAGCCUGCCCUUCUUCUCCCCAUGGCCAAGCAGCCGAAAAGGCCAAAAGUCCUUUGCCUGGGGAAGACUAUGUGGAGAAGGUGAUGGACGCGAUCUCAGUUGGUCCAGGUGGCUUCCCCCCAGUCGACUCUGAGCAUAUCGACAACAGCGCGGACGGGGACUCUAGUUCAGAUUAUGUCAACAACACUUCGGAAGAGGAGGAUUACGAUGAAGGACUUCCAGAGGAAGAGGAAGGAAUCACCUACUAUAUCCGAUAUUGUCCGGAGGAUGACAGCUACCUGGAAGGGAUGGACUGCAACGGGGAAGAGUAUGUCCCCCAAGAAGAGCAUCACGUAGAGACGGACGAGUGCCAGGAAGCUAUUGAGGAGGGAGAAUGGGUGGAGACCAAGAUUCAGCACCAGGAUAACGUGGCCGAAGCGGUGGGCUACCACGAAGGCUGCAUCCAGAUUUUGGAAAGCGAGGUGGCCUGCCUAGAAAUCCAGGAUCAAGACGAGAGCCUCCAGUAUUGCCAUCCCAGCGAAGGGGGUUACUACUCCCCGGAAGCCAACGGCAACUCCCGCCGGAUGUCCCCGUACCAUGGCAGGAGCGAAGAGGGGGAUCUGGAGGAACAGGAGGAAGACAUCGACCAGAUUGUGGCGGAGAUCAAGAUGAGCAUGAGUAUGAACAGCAUUAACAGCGCAUCGGAAAUGAGCCCGGAACACGAUGGGACUGAGAACGUGCCCAAUGACUAUGCAGAGACGUGUCCCAAGGGAGAGUCCGGCCAUGCGGCCAACCGGCAUCUGGGGCGGCCCAAAUCCUUGAACAUCCCUCCAGCCUCCAAGCAACUCGGAGAUGCCCCGAGAGGCUUCAAAACCAAGUCCAAGACUCCGGAGGACAGGCAGAGCUGGCCACAAGAACAGGUAUGCAACGGCUUAGAUCAACCUAGGAAGCAACAGCGUUGUGAUCUCAAUGGGCCCAUCGACAACAAUAAUAUGCCGGAGACCAAGAAGGUACCGUCUUUCCCAAGCUUUGUGGAUGUUCCAGGCCCUUGCGAGCCCGAGGACCUCAUUGAUGGCAUCAUCUUCGCAGCAAAUUACUUGGGUUCUACCCAGUUGCUCUCCGAACGCAACCCAUCCAAAAACAUCCGGAUGAUGCAAGCCCAGGAGGCCGUCAGCCGUGUCAAGACUUCUGAAGGGGAUGCCCAUGCUUUGACAGAGGUGGACUUGUUCAUCUCCACCCAGAGGAUUAAAGUUCUUAAUGCGGACACCCAGGAAACUAUGAUGGACCAUGCGCUGCGCACCAUCUCUUACAUUGCGGACAUCGGCAACAUCGUGGUCCUGAUGGCCCGCCGUAGAAUGCCUCGGUCGGCGUCGCAGGACUGCAUCGAGACUACUCCUGGGGUGCAAGAAGGGAAGAAACAGUACAAGAUGAUCUGCCACGUUUUCGAAUCUGAGGAUGCCCAGCUGAUCGCUCAAUCGAUCGGACAAGCUUUCAGCGUGGCCUAUCAGGAAUUCCUCCGGGCCAACGGCAUCAACCCCGAAGAUCUCAGCCAGAAGGAAUACAGCGACAUCAUCAACACCCAGGAAAUGUAUAACGAUGACUUGAUUCACUUCUCCAACUCGGAGAACUGCAAAGAGCUGCAGCUGGCCAAGCACAAGGGGGAGAUCCUUGGUGUGGUGGUGGUGGAAUCUGGUUGGGGCUCCAUUUUGCCCACCGUCAUCCUGGCCAACAUGAUGAAUGGAGGGCCAGCCGCCCGUUCAGGAAAGCUCAGCAUCGGAGACCAGAUCAUGUCCAUUAAUGGGACCAGUUUAGUCGGCCUUCCUUUAGCAACCUGCCAAGGAAUCAUUAAGGUACCCCGAUACCCCGCUGGGACGCCCUACAAAGUCCCUCCAACCCAGAGUAAUAACGCCCCGCCCCCCUACUCUCCGUCUCCCAACCCCUACCAGACGGCCAUGUACCCCAUCCGAAGUGCCUACCCACAGCAGAACCUGUACGCCCAG